AUGACUGAAAUUUCAUUCCCUGACUCUGUUACAUAUCUUGGAAGUUUUUGUUUUGCUGUAGCAAGAAUAAAAAUUUUUAACAUCGGAAAGAACGUGAAUUAUAUUGGAAUUUGCAUUAUCGGAGCCGAUGAUGUUCUUGAAAAAAUCAUUGUUGAUAGAAACAACCCUUACUAUGCACAUGAUGGCCUUUAUAACCUAUAUUCUAAGAAUUUCACAGUUCUUUAUCAAGUAAAUGCAAUUCAAGAGCAUUAUGUCACACUCCAAACAGUGAAUUACUUUAAAUCGCAAGCGAUUAAUUCAAUUCCAAUUAAAUCCGUCACAAUUACACAAGAUUGUUAUUUUGAGAGCAAUGCGAUCUCAUAUUGCGACCAGUUAGUAAAUAUUACGUUCCAUGGGAGAAUUCUUAGUCAGACAUCCGCCGUAGUUGGAAUUUAUGAACUCUCUAUAAUAUGGUAUUACUCCAGCAAUCCUGUUUAUAAAGCAGUCUUAGCUAGUGUUCCAAUUUCUAAUAUUGUAGUUUAUUGCUGUAAUAGUUUCAAUUCAAAUUUCUCCACCAUUGUCCCAAUUAAAUCCUUUGAAUGUGUUAACCCAGUAGUACAAUCUUGCAAAGUAAAUCCAAUCAGGACUCCAUUUAAUAUUAGUGUUUUUAUUGCUAUGCUAUUAAAUUAA